AUGACACGACCGAACAUUAUCAGAGCUGACACGAUCGAUCUUCAAAAUCAGAGUGCUCCUUCUGCGAAAGAUCAUACACGUCAACCAGCUCGCCCAGGUCCACUAGGUGAAGGGCCGCCAGCUCCUCACCAAGCAGAUGCGCUCAAACACGUUGAGCAAGAAUUGUCGGAACAGCAUGGUCGCAGCCCUCGAGCUUCCCAAGAUCUUUCGGGUAAGGAGCUGCAACUGCUACAUGAAGACGGUGAUGGAUACGGUAGCACCGAUGGCAUCGGCCAGGACUCAAACAACCUGUUGCGCAACGCAGGAGCAAAUGGAACAGCGGAGGAGGACGUCGGAGACACAGACGGAGACGAGGGCAUGGACGAUGAUUUAAUGGACAAAAUCUCCAGCUCUCCGUCAAUUGGCGACGAUGGUGGGUAUCAUUUACCUUUACCGUGGCCCAGCAGGGUCGCUUCCCUUCGUUCGAAUUCUUCUCCCCCAGAGAAUACACCAUCGCCAAAACCCCCAUUGGACGAUUUCUCUUCUUCUCCCUUUUCCGAGACACCUACCCAUUUUCCUCUUUCGUUCCCGCGAAAAGAGCACGAUCAAACCCCGUCCAAGGAUCAUCAUCAGAAAGGUGGGUAUACCAAGGACCGAGAGACGCUUUUUGCCGUGGACAAGCUGGAUGCCGAGAGUCAUGACCGCCUAAGACCUCUAAUCAGCGAACGGCGGGACACCCGGUUUCAAGAGGAUUUUGAAGAUAUGGAAGACUCCUACGAAGUGGACUUCGACCCUAACGAUUUUAACCACUUUCUGCUCCCGGCAAACGAUCCUCUCCUGGACAACAGCUUUGAUGAUGCGCCAUUGUCGCCUUCUUCGGCUGCCUCAAAUGCCUCGACUCGCUCUUCGUCGCCAGAAUCUGCCACCUCUUGGGACGACAAGACAACGGAUACAAAAGAUGAUGAUACCGAAGAUAUUUCCUUUCUCGAUGACCCCCGUUUUAUCGACUCAGGAUGGGGCGGAGAGUGCUUACGAGAAACAGAGGACAUUGAUUUCGAGUUCGUGUACGCGCUACAUACAUUCGUCGCAACGGUCGAAGGCCAAGCGAACGCUACGAAGGGUGACACCAUGGUGCUGCUCGAUGACAGCAACAGCUACUGGUGGCUCGUACGGGUCGUUAAGGAUAGUAGCAUUGGCUAUCUACCUGCGGAGCACAUCGAAACACCUUUGGAGCGUUUGGCGAGGCUAAACAAGCAUAGAAAUCUCGAUCUAGCUUCAACGAUGCUUGGCGACGAGGAAGACAAAAGGGCAGGAAACCCUCUGAACCCUCUGAAAAAGGCCAUGAAAAGGCGCAAUGCAAAGACCGUUCAAUUCACAGCACCAUCUUACGUGGAGCCGUCUGAUGUCGAAUAUUCCUCUGACGAGGAGGAGGGCAAUCGAGAGUAUGGAGCCCAGGAACAGGAUAGCACCGCUGCCCAGAGCAAUGACCAGUCACAUCAAGUCGACGAAGGCGUGGUAGAGCCACUCAAACCUAGAAGUCAAGAUCGAGAUGUCAGGCAGAAUGGAGAUCCCUUGGUAGCUCAAAGUCUUAGCAGUGGCGGAAUUGACCAAGGUAACCCUCCAGAUGCAGCUCGAACGAGUGAUGAGAUAUUCGACGGAGAUAAUGGUACUGCCGUUACAUCAAGGAAAGGGACCGUGCGCAACACUGAUUCUUUCUUCAAAGACGAUGGGGUGGAAACCCGAAAGAUCAAUCUUACGCCCAGUCUCUUGCGGGAUGAUUCCAAUGGGUCCGUGUUGAAAUCAAACGAAUCCAAAGACCUCAAGACCAGAGCAAGCCUCGAUUCUCUCGAGAAAGACCCCCCUCCCGAAAAAGGCAAGGAAGACAAGAAGCGGAAAGAGAAGAGAGGCAUGCUGGGUGGCAUGUUUAAACGAAGAGACAAGAAAGGCAAAACUGACGAUAAGGAACUCGAAGACAGCAAGAAAUCAUCGAACGAACUGGCAAGGCAGGCAUUGUCACCCCCGUCGAGGUUGUCGCCACAGCCAAAAGAAUCGAUGGAAUCAUUGACCCAGGACCCACAAGCUGCCAAAGCUACUUCACCACAGCAGAGGCAAACCGGCAAGUUACAGAAGACUCCGCCCGCGAAAUUGUCUCCCAAAUCAUCGUACUCCCAAAGAGAAGCAACCAACCAGAGACCGACUAUCACAGAACAGCAGAACACUUUCACUCCAGAACCGAGCCGGGCGCCGCCCGCUUUCUCCGAGCCGAAUGGAUCUAUGCGCAUGGUCCAGACGGAGCCAGAAUUGGUACCAGAGGACAGGGGUCCAGCUUUGGAUUUCAACCCUCCAGUGACCACACGUGAAGAACCUAUGCAUUUAGGGUCACCAAGAGAUGCGAGGCGUGGCAUGUUUUCGCCCGUCAGAGAUGAGGAACCAGUGCAGUCAGGAUCCCCAAGAGAUGCUUCGCGUGGGAUGUUCUUGCCUGGCAGGAACGAGGAACCAUUUCAAUCAGGGUCACCAAGAGAUGCCUCGCGUGGGAUGUUCUCGCCUGUUAGAGACGAGGAACUAAUCCAACCAGGUUCACCAAAAGACAUCAGACGUGGGAUGUUCUCGCUUGUCCGAGACGAAGAAUCUAUGCAAUCGGAUUCGCCAAAGGACGCCAGACGCGGAAUGUUCUCACCUAUCAAGGACGUCCUCAAAUCCGCCCCUACGGACCAAAAACCCGAGAAAGUCAGGAAAGCCAAGCACCGCAUGCACAUGGACGACUUCGACUCUUCCUCCGAAGACGAAGAGGCUGAAACCUUCUCCGAACGUCCGUCGUAUGAGGAACCAGACUCUCACCUUGCUAUCGCCCAAGACGCUCAACAUGGAAACCACGAACCCCGAGCUCCUACAAUUCCCCACGCCGAACCACCCCGGGAAGCAGCCCGAGAACGGCUGUCCGAAUCUCCCAUUGAAGUUUUACCUCCUCAAGAACACGACCGCAACCCUCAGCCUCCUCAACUCAUGGUGGACACUUCCUCGCAAGAGGACCCAUCCACCUCUCCCGUAUCUCCUCUCUCGUCACCCGAACUCAUCGAAGCACCUAACGAGAAUGCCGCCCGUGAAGAGACCCCAGCGUCCACUGCGCAGUCAUCGACACCUACCUGGAGCGAUGCUAGUCUGAGAGCCUAUCUGGAGGAUGAUAGCGACAUCAGAGACUUACUUGUCGUGGUUCACGAUAAAAGCCAGAUUAAGCCAGUUGGCCGGGAUCAUCCCGUGGUGAAGAAGCUCUUCAAAGAAGAAAAUAGGAAGCUGGGAGAAAUUUCAAACCGACUUGACGGAUUGCUGGGCGACUAUUUGGCGCGAAAACAGCAACGGACGGCGGUACGGUGA